GCCGGGCGCUGCUGCUGCCGCCGCCCCCUAGCGGUGCCAUGUGGAGGGGGCGCUGUUCGCUGAGGCGGGCGACGCUGGGCGGGUGGCUCUUGCUGCUGCUGCUGCUGGGGCUGGCGGCGAGGACGCGGGCCAGCGGCGAGUACUGCCACGGCUGGCUGGACGGGGCGGUCUGGCGGGACGGCUUCCAGUGCCCGGAGCACUUCGACGACGGCGACGCAACCAUUUGCUGCGGCACUUGCGCCCUUCGCUACUGCUGCUCCCGAGCCGAGGCCCGGCUGGAUCAGGGCGUGUGCGACAACGACAGGCAAUUGGGGGGAGUGGAGCACGGCCGGCCGGAUAAGGACCUUCCGGACGGCGCAGCAGUGCCUAUCUAUGUGCCGUUCCUUAUCGUCGGAUCUGUUUUUGUUGCGUUCAUCAUCCUGGGCUCUCUGGUGGCAGCUUGUUGCUGCCGAUGCCUGCGACCCAAGCAAGAGCCUCAGCAGAGCAGAGCUCCUGGAAGCAACCGGAUGAUGGAGACCAUUCCCAUGAUUCCAAGUGCCAGCACUUCCCGAGGGUCCUCCUCACGCCAAUCAAGUACUGCUGCCAGCUCCAGUUCCAGUGCCAACUCAGGUGCCCGGGGCCCCCCUACCAGGUCACAAACCAACUGCUGUUUACCAGAAGGGGCCAUGAAUAAUGUAUACGUCAACAUGCCUACAAAUUUCUCAGUACUGAACUGCCAGCAGGCUACACAGAUAGUGCCGCACCAAGGACAGUAUUUGCACCCACAGUACGUUGGAUACGCUGUGCAGCAUGACUCCAUGCCUCCCGUUCCCCCUUUUUUGGACAGUCUGCAAAGUGGAUACAGGCCAAUUCAGUCCCCCUAUCCGCACAGCAAUAGCGAACAGAAGAUGUACCCAGCAGUAACUGUAUAACUUGGGGGGAGGGGGGGGGUUGAAAUAAACCACAGAAGCAAAAAAAAUUAUAUUGCUGCAACAGACUGUGAGCAGCCAAGAAAUGCUUUUGGGAGGAGGUUUGCUGAACAUCAUUUGUAAAUAAUUUCGGAUGGCUCUUGCAUGUCAGACUGUGUUUAUAAAUGGUUUUCUUUUUGUUGGAUUUAUUUGCCAAAAAAGGAGAACACCCUCUAUGAAGAUAUCUUUGAAUUAACAUUUCCAGAUAGUGCUUCCAUUCCAGUGCAUGAUUUACAGAGGCAAAGGAUUAUACUGAAGAGGUAUCUACAUUUCAGCCAGGCAAGUGUAUGUAAGAGUGAUUAGGUGCCUCAGCCAAUACAUGCCCUUCAGGUGCACCAUAGUCAGAGGAAUUUGCCUAGAUAAUAGAAAAGGUUUUGUUAUGCUGUACAAGACAUUGUUUUAAAAGCAUCUUUUCUUACCCUUCCCCCACCCCUCAUCCUCUAGGUUAACUUCAUAUUUGCUGUACUGACAAUCACGGUGAUGACAGAAGGCAAUACAGUGCAUUCCUUGUUAGUUACAGAGCCCUUGGAGCUUAAUCUG